AAUCAGCCUGAAAGAGGAUGGAAGGGUUUUGGAGUCCCGGGCGUGCAGUAGAGUGUCGCAGGGGGAGAUGUCAGCUUGGACCAUGGGUGCCCGCGGUCUGGACAAGCGAGGAAGUUUCUUUAAGCUCAUUGACACAAUCGUCUCGGAGAUCGGAGAACUGAAACAGGAGAUGGUGCAGACAGAUGUCAGCCUGGAGAAUGGACUGGAACCCAACGAAGCCCACAGCAUGGUAAGACACAAGGAUGAUGGCUUUUCCGAAGAAAAGGAUGUGAAGACCUAUCCGCGGGACUCUGGCUAUGACAGCCUCUCCAACAGGCUCAGCAUUUUGGACCGGCUUCUCCACACCCACCCGAUCUGGCUGCAGCUGAGUCUGAGUGAGGAGGAGGCAGCGGAAGUCCUCCAGUCCCAGCCUCCAGGGAUCUUCCUGGUUCGUAAAUCCACCAAAAUGCAGAAGAAAGUUCUCUCCCUUCGCCUGCCCUGUGAAUUUGGAGCCCCACUCAAGGAAUUUGCCAUAAAGGAAAGCACAUACACCUUUUCCCUGGAAGGCUCAGGAAUCAGUUUUGCGGAUUUAUUCCGGCUCAUUGCUUUCUACUGCAUCAGCAGGGACGUUCUGCCGUUUACCUUGAAGUUGCCUUAUGCCAUUUCAACAGCCAAGACUGAGGCUCGGCUUGAAGAACUAGCCCAGCUGGGACUAAAUUUUUGGAGCUCUCCAGCUGACAACAAACCCCCAAACCCUCCACCUCCCCAUAGGCCUCUCUCCUCAGACGGUGUUUGUCCUGCCUCUCGUCAGCUCUGCCUUAUAAAUGGAGUGCAUUCUAUAAAAACCAGGACGCCUUCGGAGCUGGAGUGCAGCCAGACCAACGGAGCCCUGUGUUUUAUUAAUCCUCUUUUCUUGAAAGUGCACAGCCAGGACCUCGGUGGAGGCCUGAAACGGCCCUGCACAAGGACUCCCAACGCGAAUGGCACCGAGAGGCCUCGGUCCCCCCCACCCAGGCCCCCGCCACCCGCUAUUAAUAGUGUCCACACAAGCCCGCAGCUGUCCAGGACUGAAACCCAGGCGAGCAUGCCAGAAACAGUCAACCAUAACAAACAUGGGAACGUAGCUCAGCUUGGAACAAAACCAACCCCCAUCCCUCCACCCCGGCUGAAGAAGCAGGCUUCUUUUCUCGAGGCGGAAGGCAGCGCAAAGACGUUGCCCGGCGGCCGGCCGUAUCCCGGCCGGGAGCCGCAGCCGGAGGAGCCGGGGCCGGGCACAGCUGGCAGGCCAGGUGGGGCCCCGCCUGCCGAGGCCCCGGGGGAUUGCACAAGGGCCGCCGGUCCCGAACCCCGGCCCCCGUGGCGUGGAGGCAGGCAGAGGCUGAGCGACAUGAGCAUUUCCACUUCCUCCUCUGACUCGCUGGAGUUCGACCGCAGCAUGCCCCUGUUUGGCUACGAGGCAGACACCAACAGCAGCCUGGAGGACUGCGAGGAAGAGAGCGACCAGGAGACCAUGGCCCCCCCCAUCAAGUCCAAAAAGAAGAGGAACAGCUCCUUCGUGCUGCCCAAGCUGGUCAAGUCCCAGCUGCGCAAGAUGAGCGGGGUGUUCAGCUCCUUCCUGACCCCCGAGAAGCGCAUGGUCAGGCGGAUCGCGGAGCUGUCCCGGGACAAGUGCACCUAUUUCGGCUGCCUGGUGCAGGACUACGUGAGCUUUCUGCAGGAGAACAAGGAGUGCCACGUGUCCAGCACCGACAUGCUGCAGACCAUCCGGCAGUUCAUGACCCAGGUGAAAAACUAUUUGGCUCAGAGCUCAGAGCUGGACCCCCCCAUCGAGUCGCUGAUCCCUGAAGACCAAAUCGAUGUGGUGCUGGAAAAAGCCAUGCACAAGUGCAUCUUAAAACCCCUCAAGGGGCAUGUGGAGGCCAUGCUGAGGGACUUCCACAUGGCUGAUGGCUCAUGGAAGCAACUCAAGGAGAACCUGCAGCUUGUGCGGCAGAGGAACCCCCAGGAGCUGGGAGUCUUUGCCCCAACUCCUGAUAUUGUGGACGUGGAGAAAAUCAAAGUCAAAUUCAUGACCAUGCAGAAGAUGUAUUCACCGGAGAAGAAAGUCAUGCUGCUGCUGAGGGUCUGCAAGCUUAUUUACACUGUCAUGGAGAACAACUCAGGGAGGAUGUACGGAGCUGAUGACUUUUUACCAGUCCUGACCUACGUCAUAGCUCAGUGUGACAUGUUGGAACUUGACACUGAAAUUGAGUAUAUGAUGGAGCUCUUAGACCCGUCGCUGUUACACGGAGAAGGAGGUUAUUACUUGACAAGCGCCUAUGGGGCGCUUUCUCUGAUAAAGAAUUUCCAAGAAGAACAAGCCGCUCGGCUGCUCAGCUCAGAGACCAGGGACACCCUCAGGCAGUGGCACAAACGGAGAACCACCAACCGGACCAUCCCUUCGGUGGACGACUUUCAGGACGGAAGACUCCAGAAUCUCACGGGCAGCAUCAGCUCCGGCAGCCAGGCGGGGCCAGAGUUUCAGAAAUUACCUCCGAGUUGCAUUCCAGGAGGUCAACAGUGGCUGCACGGGGAAGACCCUCCUCGUGAGACCUUACGUGACCACCGAGGACGUGUGCCAGCUCUGUGCUGAGAAGUUCAAGGUGGGGGACCCUGAGGAGUACAGCCUCUUUCUCUUUGUUGACGAAACAUGGCAGCAGCUGGCUGAGGACACUUACCCUCAGAAAAUCAAGGCUGAGCUUCACAGCCGGCCACAACCCCACAUCUUCCACUUUGUCUACAAGCGCGUCAAGAACGAUCCUUACGGCGUCAUUUUCCAGAAUGGGGAAGAUCUCACCACCUCAUAGAAGAGACAAGACUCCCCCAUGGCGCAUCCAAAGGGGGGUUAGGAAACUUGCCUUCUGGCUUCCACAUGCUUGUGCUUGAAAAGCAGUCAGUCACCUCCUUGGGGACCCGUCGGUUCAGUGACUAAGCCAUCCACAGGCUGACUGGGCCAAGGGCGUCCUUAGCCACAUUGCCCAGGCAAGGUAGCUGAGGUUCAUGAAACGGUAGGAUUCUCCUUCAGAGAUGGAAGAACUGCAUUCGAUAGUUUAGGUGUCCCGAGAUUGUUUGCUACCGACCCCCCCAGCCAGGUUCUAGGUGGGCUCACAUGUACGUAUAUGUCCUGAAUAAACAUUUAGGGUGCAAGCUCUUCUCUUCAAUUCAACAGCAGGUGUUUGCGAAGCCUGUCCGAUGCAGUGCAUCAGGUAUAUCUCAGUUCUGUGGAUGGCUCUAUCUUUCCUUCCUUCCUUCCUUCCUUCCUUCCUUCCUUCCUCCCUUCCUUCCUUCCAUCCUUCCUUUUUCUUUCCUUUGUCGUCUUCUUCUUUUUUUUUUUUACAAAGAGCCUUUGUGUUUUUAUAUAUUUCAUAGAAAUUUUUAUAGCAGUUGCAGGUAAACUGUCAGGAUUGGUUUUUAAAAUAUUUUUGUAACUUUAAAAUAUUCUAUAAUUAUGCAUGUGAUUUUAACAUUUAAUAUUCGAAAAGAAAUCUCUUGCUGGAUUUGAGAGUAUCACAUUUUUAAAAUGUCUCUCUUCUGUAACUGGAUUUUUGGCAACUUUGUGGGGAAAGACUGCUGGAUUUCUUAAAACAAUGUAUUACUGACACUGGCCACAGAAUGCCUUUGGAAAUCUGAUGUACUGUUACCUUGUUCACGCUCAGUGGUAUUGUGCUCUUUUGUGUGUUAACCAAGUGAUGCUGAGGAUCAGGAGAGAAAUGAAUGUAGAGAGAGGUCGAGAGAGAAAAACAGACUCUAACAAAGGACUAAUGGGUGAAGUCUGCGGGUUCAGACUCCUGGAAGGAAGUGGUAAAAGGAAAUGGAAGGAUCCACUUAUGCUGAAAUACUGUAAAUAUGCAGUGAGAUUUGGCAAAAUCUGUCCAACGUUAUUUGCUUUUGGAAACAAUUUUGAAAACCCCCAGAGGAGGGGGAAAAAAAUAAGGAUAACACUCCCCCCACCUUUUCCACAUAAAUCAAAACUAACAGCAUCAAAUUAUUUGGGCGCAAAAACCACAUGUGUAUAAUGUGACUUCCAUUGAGUGAAAUAAGAUGCUGUUUGGAAAAGAGGUCGUGAUGCCCCCAAAAAGCCCAUCUGUGUUAUAAGAAUGUAUGGUGAAGUUAACUUUAUGUUUUAUGAGACCUGUUUGGGGGUGCACCAAGUAUGAGGGUCCUGUAUCAACGUGACAAAGGUAGUCACAAGAACAUGUUAUUGUACUGUGUAAAGAUGCAUCGUCAUCUAAUUUGGUUGGCUUUGUACCUUGUACUUUUUUUAGCUUUUGCUGUACAUCUAGAACCCUCAGCACAUACUGUGUUGUACUUCCUUUUGUAAAUGAUUUUUUAAAAUGGAAUUUUGCACAUAAUACAUUGUAAUACUGUAUGAUAAUCAUGUGUGAA